CGCGACAACAACUACAUGCAUGCAACAACGAAUCAUUACCGCGCACAUCCGGCUACAUACAUACAGAGCGUCGACUCGGAUGUCGGUUCGUUGAACAUGAUUUCAACGGAGAACGAAGUUCCUGAGGUGGAAUCAUCGAGUGAAAUUCUGGCCGAUGACAACAAGCCAACCAACUCGAAUGACGAAAGCUGGACAGAUGUCAAUUUGAAUGAGGAUGCGAGUGUACAGGCGACCGCAGGUGGUUUAUUGUCAGGUGGCAUGUCGGCGGUAGAUGCGAAAAUGCGUAACAUCGACAGCCUGCAGCACCAAGCACACCAGCAACAACAGCAGCAGCAGCAACAACAGGCGCCGACAGGACAUGGCCAACCGCAGGGUGCUCAGCAAAUGCAAGCACAUCACGGCCAUCAGUUGGUGGGUGCGGGCGCUGGCAGCGAACGCGGCGACAAACCCGAUUCGGAAAUAUCGGUAGUACGUGUACCGGACAGUUAUGCAGCUACAUCCGGCGCAUCAGGCGCGGGCGUUGUCACGGCUGCCGGCGGCAAUGUGGGUCAGCGUGGCACACGCUCCGAUGAGCUACAAAUGAAACCACCACUCGUUGGCCAGCUGCCGAUGACAACGCCCUCGCGUGAGGCGAGCCUCACACAGAAGCUUGAGGUGGCUUUGGGUCCGGUUUGUCCGUUGCUGCGCGAAAUAAUGGUUGAUUUUGCGCCAUUCCUCUCAAAGACACUCGUUGGCUCGCAUGGUCAAGAGCUGCUUAUGGAGGGCAAAGGGCUGACGACUUUCAAAAACUCGCACUCCGUUGUCGAGUUGGUGAUGUUGCUGUGUUCGCAGGAAUGGCAGAAUAGCCUGCAGAAACAUGCCGGUCUCGCCUUCAUCGAGUUGAUUAAUGAGGGUCGGUUGUUGUCGCACGCCAUGAAGGAUCACAUUGUGCGUGUCGCCAAUGAAGCUGAAUUCAUAUUGAAUCGUAUGCGUGCAGAUGAUGUGCUCAAGCAUGCCGAUUUCGAGUCGCAAUGUGCCCAAACACUGCUGGAGCGUCGCGAGGAGGAACGCAUGUGCGAUCAUCUAAUAACGGCGGCGCGAAGACGUGACAAUGUGAUUGCUAGUCGCCUCCUCGAAAAGGUACGCAAUAUUAUGUGCAAUAGGCAUGGGGCUUGGGGUGACGCCAGCGGCAGUGUGCAGAAACAAACUUAUUGGAAAUUGGACGCUUGGGAGGAUGAUGCGCGCCGACGCAAACGCAUGGUGCAAAAUCCGCGCGGCUCAUCGCAUCCACAAGCCACACUCAAGGCGGCCAUCGAGAAUGGCGCACCCGAGGAUGCUAUCCUGCAGACGCGUGAUGAAUUUCACACACAGAUUGCAGUAUCACGGGCGCAUCAGUCCGCUCAACAUACGGCCGAUCUUUUGGAUGACGCCGAGCUGUUGAUCGAAGAUCGUGAGCUGGAUCUGGACUUGACGGGCCCAGUGAACAUCAGCACCAAAGCGAAACUGAUAGCGCCCGGCGUGGUCGCACCCGGUACAGUGUCCAUCACGAGCACUGAAAUGUUCUUUGAAGUUGACGAAGAUCAUGCUGAGUUCCAGAAAAUCGAGCCAGAGGUGCUAAAGUACUGCGAUCACUUGCACGGCAAGUGGUACUUUUCCGAAGUGCGCGCCAUCUUCUCACGUCGCUACUUGCUGCAAAAUGUAGCUUUGGAGAUUUUCUUGGCCAGUCGCACCUCUAUUCUCUUCGCUUUCCCCGACCAACAUACUGUGAAAAAAGUGAUCAAGGCUUUGCCGCGCGUUGGCGUCGGCAUUAAAUAUGGUAUCCCCCAAACUCGCCGUGCUUCGAUGAUGUCUCCGCGCCAACUGAUGCGAAACUCCAACAUGACACAGAAGUGGCAACGACGCGAAAUUUCCAAUUUCGAGUACUUAAUGUUCCUUAAUACAAUAGCGGGACGCACCUACAAUGACCUCAACCAGUACCCGGUUUUCCCAUGGGUACUUACCAACUACGACACAAAGGAGCUGGACCUCAGUUUGCCUUCAAACUACCGCGAUCUGUCGAAGCCGAUAGGUGCAUUAAAUCCCUCACGACGCGCCUACUUCGAGGAACGCUACGAAAGCUGGGAAAGUGACACAAUACCGCCAUUCCAUUACGGCACACACUACUCAACGUCCAGCUUCACGCUCAAUUGGUUGGUGCGCGUUGAGCCAUUCACCACCAUGUUCUUGGCAUUGCAGGGAGGAAAGUUCGAUUAUCCUGACCGUCUUUUCUCUUCCAUUUCACUUUCAUGGAAGAACUGCCAACGCGACACAUCCGACGUCAAAGAGCUCAUACCCGAAUGGUAUUUCCUGCCAGAAAUGUUCUACAACUCAUCUGGCUAUCGCCUGGGGCAUCGCGAAGACGGCACUCUCGUCAACGAUGUCGAACUGCCGCCCUGGUCUAAGAGUCCCGAAGAAUUUGUGCGCAUCAAUCGUAUGGCCUUGGAAUCAGAAUUCGUCUCCUGCCAGCUGCACCAAUGGAUUGAUUUGAUUUUCGGCUAUAAGCAACGUGGCCCCGAAGCAAUACGCGCAACCAAUGUCUUCUACUAUCUGACCUAUGAGGGUAGUGUUGACUUGGAUGCGAUAAACGAUCCCGUUAUGCGUGAAGCAGUGGAAAAUCAAAUUCGCAACUUCGGCCAGACACCCAGUCAGCUGCUGAUGGAACCGCAUCCGCCACGCAGUUCGGCAAUGCACCUAUCGCCAAUGAUGUUCAGCGCCAUGCCCGAUGAUCUCUGCAUGUCGCUGAAAUUCUAUCAGAACUCGCCAAUUAUACACAUUUCAGCCAACACCUAUCCACAACUGUCGCUGCCGUCGGUAGUGACUGUGACGGCAGGUCAUCAGUUCGCCGUGAAUCGCUGGAAUUGCAACUACACCGCAUCCGUCCAGAGUCCCAGCUAUGCAGAGUCGCCACAAUCACCUGGCUCCAAUCUGCCGUUGACCAUCGAUCCAGUUUUAUCUGCACAAAAUACAGGCCACAACAACCCAAUGAAUCGUCGUCAUUUAGGUGACAAUUUCAGUCAGAUGUUGAAAAUUCGCUCCAACUGUUUUGUGACAACUGUAGACAGCCGUUUUCUGAUUGCUUGCGGUUUUUGGGACAACAGUUUCCGUGUGUUCGCCACUGAAACUGCGAAAAUCGUGCAAAUAGUAUUCGGCCAUUUCGGUGUCGUCACCUGUUUGGCCCGCUCAGAGUGCAAUAUCACCUCCGAUUGCUAUAUCGCAUCGGGUUCGGCAGACUGCACGGUGCUGCUGUGGCACUGGAAUGCGCGCACCCAGAGCAUUGUCGGUGAGGGUGAUGUGCCAACGCCGCGCGCUACGCUGACGGGACAUGAACAAGCUGUGACUUCGGUUGUGAUUAGCGCUGAGCUGGGCUUAGUCGUCUCAGGAUCGACAAACGGUCCCGUUCUGAUUCAUACCACAUUUGGUGAUCUUCUGCGUUCGCUUGAUCCGCCCAUGGAUUUCUAUUCGCCCGAGUUGAUAGCCAUGUCGCGCGAGGGUUUCAUUGUUGUCAAUUACGAUAAGGGCAAUGUGGCUGCGUAUACCAUCAAUGGCAAGAAGCUACGCCACGAAACGCACAAUGAUAACUUGCAGUGCAUGCUGCUAUCGCGUGAUGGUGAAUAUCUGAUGACAGCUGGUGACCGCGGCAUAGUGGAAGUUUGGCGCACUUUCAACUUGGCGCCUUUGUAUGCCUUCCCUGCAUGUAAUGCGGCCAUCCGUUCGUUGGCGUUGACACACGAUCAAAAAUACCUCCUUGCUGGACUGUCCACCGGCUCCAUCAUUGUAUUUCACAUUGAUUUCAAUCGCUGGCAUCACGAGUACCAGCAGCGAUACUAAACGCCGAGAGAACACGAAAUUAUAAUUCUCAAAUGCUUUCAAAAACGAUGACGCAAAUUAACUUAGAUAGUAGAUUUGCAAACCUCAAAAAAAGAAGCGUAGACAGCUACUUCAAACAUAUAUGGGUGACGGAUGUUGUACCGGCAACAAUUGUGGAUAAAAUAAGGCCAAAUUGCAAACAAGCAGGACUUAAAAAAUGUUUAACAAGUUAGUUUAAAGAAAAUGAGUAAUUAAAAAAAACAAAAUGCAAGUAAGCCAUUUAUUCAAUGACAAAAUGCAAAUAUAAUAUAAUAAAUUAAUAAAAUAGUAUUAUUAUUGGCUUUGAGUUUUAAACCGAAUAGCGGCGAUACGCAGUUUUUAAACUAAUCAUUAAUUCUUUCAUUUUUACUAUUCGAUUUUAUUAGGCUAGGAGAAAAUUAUAAUUUGGUUUGUUGCAAAUUUUUUUACUUAGAAUAAAGCAGUCGAUAGAUACAUACUUGAAAUACAUACAUACAUACAUAGUAACGUAUGUAGUAAUAGUGGGUUAGACCAAUGCAUACAGUGCUACGAUUAGUUGAACGCAAUGAUGAAGAAAAAAAUAAAUAAAAAAAUAAAAAGUAAUAUUUAAUAAUUCAAGAAUUCAAGAAUUAAAAGUUGCGCUGAAAUUUCUUAACUUAGUACUUAAUAGGGUAAAUAAGUAUUUUUUUUUUUUAAAUUAACGCCGAUUAAGAUUAAAGAAAAAAAAAUGCGUAAAAGUUAAAUAGUUUUAGUGACUCAGAGAACAGUAAUUGCAUAAUUAAUAUCCAAAACAAAGAAGUAACUAAGCGGCCAAAAGUGAAAACGAAACGUACUUAAAAUAGUGGUUUUUCUUAAAGCAAAUACAAAAUUAUAUAUACGCAUACACAUACAUAAUUAACUAAAGUCAAAGCCAGGCGCAUACGAACAUAUUUGAAACACUUAGCCGCACGGAGAUCAGCAGUUGAAAGUAUUCCACAAAAAAAAAAAAACAAAAGCGCAUAGAAAUAUUAGAAGUGUGUUAAGCAGUAGAAUUCAGAAUUUGUAAGCAGAUUUUCAUUAGUUAUUGCGCCAAAGUUAUAAAAAAUUUAGAAACCAAAGCAGCUAGAUAAAAGAUAGCUUUUACAUGCAGUAAAAUUUGCGUUUGCCCAGUAGAACGAAGUGCUGAAAAAAAGUCACAGUUCAGAACUCGAAAAAAAACAAAAAAAAAAAAGCGUACAAUGAAAAUAAAGUAAAGUUUGAAAAGAAAAUUACUAAGUUUAAAAAGCACGAGAAAACGUGCGAAUAUUACAAUCCUUGCUUAUGUGCAGUGCUGUUUUUCUUUUUUUUUUGUUAAGGAUUGAGUUUACACACGCGCACACCCACAUGCAUAGCUACUUAGAUUUGUAAGUCACUCUCUAGGUUACUUGGCACCUAAGUUGACGUACUUAUGUGUAUGUUUGUCUCCUGUUUCUGUAUAUUUAUGUAAGUACAUAUGUGUGGUAUAAACGUGUAAAUUGUUCGUUUUGCUUUGCGGCAAAGUGAAGCUGCAACCAACAACAAAAAAAAACGGCAACUUAUUAAUCUGUAUGUACCCUGUACAGUCCAUUAUGUGUAUGAUGUCUGUAUUAGAUCUAUAUAUGUAUGUAUGUAUAUACUUAUAUGUGUGUACAUACAUGUACAUAUGUAUGGAUGUGUCUCUGAAAUGUUUCAAACAAGCGAAGUUUAAUAAAAUUUUAUUGCGUCCAAUUAAGAGAGAAAAAAAACACGAAUUAAUGAAAAUGUUUAUAUUCACGUCACAGACAAACAAACAAAAACACACACACACACACACACGAAUGCAAUAAAUAUCAACAGCCAACAGAUUUUCGUCCAAAACUUUAAACUAAUUUGUAUGUUUGUUCGUGCGUAAAUUCAUAUGUCUGUAUGUACUCGUGUGGCCAUUGUUUUAGCGUUGCAGGCUUGUAUUGUACUAGCAAAAUUUGUUUUUGUAGCUAAACCAUCUGUCUAGUGGACUAAAAACAACAAAUAAAGUAUUUUGCGAUGCUAGUUCAAAAAUUUAUUUUUAUUUACUUUUUCAAAAAAAAAAAAAAACUAUUGGCAAUGGCUGUUUACUAGGUUUCCUGAAUCCAUCCACUUAAACUAGAUUUUUAGAUUUAGAUUUUUUAAAUUUAUUUAUUUUCAAAAAAAUUUUUUAAAUAUAUUUAGUCAAAUUUAAAAUUUGCCGGUUAUGACUUUGAGUGAUGUCUAUUUGGAUAAACGAAACAGUACACAACACGAAAUGGGCAGAAAAGUGCUGAAAUGCGCAAUUUGCGUCGCGAGUUGAGCAUUCAAUGUAGUAAGUUGUGCAAAUGCAUGGAAAAUUAAGGAGCGAAUAGCUAUCUAACUAGUUUGUAAACGAUUGUUUUUGAUCUAUAAAAACAUGUGUUAAUGUUGUUUCAGUCUCUUAAUUGUGCUAAUAAGUUUACAAAAAAAAAGUUAAAAAAAAAAUUUAAGACAACGCAAAUUAGAUACGUCCUAAACAUUCAAGUAAAUCUGUCCACCAACUUGCGUACAUCUAUUCGUUAAGCAUUUUAUUAUCUCUGCUACAUUAAUUUACAUAUGUAAAUGCAUUCGUAUAUGUAUGUAUAUAUAAUUGUAUGUAUCAUACAUUUAGCUUAAGGCUCAUAAAAAAAAAAUUGCAAAAAAAAUAUUAAUAAAAACGUACUUGCGGCAUUUCUUUUUGUAAAUACAACUAUGUUACUGCUUUAUAGUGGAUUAUAGUAAGUAAGGCAAGUUUAAACUAAAGAAAAACAAGUAUGCAAACAGUAAAUCUAAGAAAAUUAAAAAAAAAAAACAUAAUAAUAAUAAUUAAGGUUUUAUGCACAUUUUGCAUGUGGUGGUGGUAUUGGUUUUAAUUUAAACCAAAACAAAAAAAAAACACAAAAAACAACGGAUUGCAACAAUAUUCAAAAAAAAUUAUCAAAAAAUAAAAACGUAAAUUACUAGCUAUGCGUUCUGUUUAUGGCAGUUUGUAAAAAAAAGCUUAACAUUUUAAAAACAAUUAAGCAUUGAUACAUUAAUUAUUAACUUAACUGCUUGUAAAACGAUCCAAAUUUAAAAAUGAACAUAAUUUAUUGCAAACCAAAUUCCACAUACAACAACAUACAUACAUACAUAUAGCGCAUGAAACGCAGUAGUUAUGUAAAUACUUGCAGCCGCGCGGAGAUUAGUGGCUAAUUCAAAAUCAACAGCGCCAAAUACACACACACACACAAAAAUAUGAAAUCAAUUAAAUAAAUUAAAAUGAUUAUAAAUUAUAUCUAGUAAUUGAUAAAAAAAACAGUAAGCCACAAUAAAAAAUAACUCAAGCAUAGAUAAUUUUCAAUUAGUUUUGUGACAUUUUUCCCUCCUUUUGCCCCACAAAAUGAAGCAAGUAAAUAUUAGGCUUAAAUAAAUACAAAUUUAAAUAAAUACAACUUCAAGUUAAAUAAAAAACGCAUAAAUAAAGUUUUAGCGAUCACUAAUUACCUAACUACAUACAUACAUAAUAUAGGCAUUAUAAAAAAUUGACAAAACCGGUAAGUGUGCUAUCAAAAUUUUAGGCUAUUUAAGUUAUUCUAUUUGAUAUCUGCAGUGAAAAUUCACCAAACUAACAAAUACAUUUUUAUAAUUUGGCUUUGCUAUGCACAGGUCUUUUCUGAGCUGGUAACAACCUUUUUUUAAUCAGUAAAUCGACGACUGAGUGGAAGAUCCAACUAUCUUGGCGGGUGGUUCGAAAACGCCCUAUCUCGGAAAAUUUGCAAGAACACUCUACUUCAAAAUUUUGUUGAAGAACGCCCUGUUUCGAAUAAUAUAUUCGCAAAACUAUGGGGAAAAUAUAGUAGAACUGCGUUUUUAAGUUUUUCAUUCUGACGUCAGGAUUUCUUUAUAAAGAAUUUUCAAAUUUCAAAGAUAUCAUUAAUUCAAAAAAGUUCUGUGGCAAGAAAAAAAAACUGUGUAAUAUAGAAUAACAAUGUGAAAAUCCAAUAAAAGAGUGAAUUCUGUAGAAUUAAAAAAGAUUAGAUUUUUUGCUGCAGAGGGACGAAAAAAACUUUGUACUUGAAUAUCCCUAAAAAUGUGCAACAUUUAUUUUUGAAAAAAUUAGAUGUUAAGGGCUAACAUGCACGCGACCAUAUCCGAGAAUUUUUUCCUCCUUAGUACAUUAACUUCAAAACGUAAAAUUUAUUAAAAUCGCAUUUUCAAUACCAAUUCCUCCUUGUAAAUCAAAAAACUUAAAUGAUUUUAAAUGUUCUCUUUCAUUUGCGCAGAUUUUUUUUACAAUUUUUACGAAGUAUUUAGAAAACAUCAUAAUAUUUCAUAUUUGCCGAGUUUCCCAUAUCAUUUAGGUGGCUGAUAAAGAUAAGAACAUUUUUUAUCCUACUUGCUUUGAGAUUAUAGCUCCAGCACUUAUCCUAUCUACUUGCUCAGCAAGAGCCGAUGACCGUAAUAAUGGGCGUUAUCCUGAACAUUUUUUUUCUCAAUCUCCUUAAAAGGUCACCAGGCUGCUAUUCGCACCGGCGGCGUAGUCUGAUGUCAUUGCUGUUUAAUUGAUUAACAUUCGAUCUAUUUAAAGGACAGCCGAAGAUCUUAAGUGAUAAAUACACCACACAACCAGUUUGACAAACGUACUUCAAACAUACUUUUUUCCAUUUCGCCAUACACCAUUCAAGCAUGACUCGUUCAAGCAGAGAGGCUUAAUUUUCUUUCGGCUCACAAAGUAAGAAAGCUUGGUAUUCUUCCAUUUUUUUCUCCUACGACCCCACUCAAUGAAAAUAUUUUUGCAAAUGCGACAAUUCUGCCAUACAAACGGUUGCGCCAAAGCUCAAAAUGGCGCUCAGAAAAUCUGAACAUUUCGAUCUUUCUUCAAACAUCCUUCAAAUGGUUUGUCAAACCUUUAAACCGACCCAUACCUAGACUACACAAAAGGCUUGAACUAAAGGGAAAUUUCGGCAUGUUUGUCCAACCGCCCUCAUUGCCUCCCAGUAGUUAGUGAGUUCAGGACCAAGUGUCUUUAACGAGCUUUUGUUUCAUCAUCCUGUUUUAAAGGUUACGGAAGGCUGCUUGGCUAUCUGAAAAAAUAAGUGGAAAGGCGCCUUUCAAAAGCUUUUCAAGGUUUAAUUUUCCACAGAUCAAAAUUAAGGUAACACACUUUCUUUUAAUGCGCUUAGUUUGUUAGCCCAUUUUAAGGUACAUAAACGACAGCCAAUUUAAUUACAUUAAAUAAAUACAAGCUAACCAGUUUAAAAUGGAGUAGCUGCAGCAUUUGAAAUGGGCGAUUGAAUAACAAGCUUGUAAUAUAAUACCAAUUCAUUAUUAAUUAAAUUAAUUAGAACACCAUAUUUUACAAAAUUCAAAUACACACACAACAAACGAAACACGAAUUCAUACAUAUGUAUGUACACAUAUAUUUACACAGAAUCGCAACCAAUCGACAUACAUGGACAUCUUUAAUAAAAAAUAGUACAUAGUUAUUCGCAAAAAAAAAGCGACACCGAACAACCUAAUUGCAAUACGUUAAUAUGCAAAUUAAUUGCUGCAAAACUGCAUGUAAAAUAAAACAGAAUUACAAUUAAAU